UUCAAAAAACAAAUAUGGACGUGUGUUGAGCUGAUGUUGUGGUCGUCUUCCUGGAAGUACACCAGUUCUGGAACAACAUGGUUGCCACAGGAGACAAAACAAAAGGCGUUGGGGUCGUCCUGGACUUUGCGAAGCGAACCUGAACCCAAGCUUGGAGCUUUGGAUGAAACUCGACCGUCGCAGAGGCCUCCAGUUGCUCCAUUCCAUGGCUUGGGCAUCAAUACUGGAGGACCAUUUUCCCGGACGUCUCACACCCCUAGGUCAACACAGAGACACAUAUCGAUGAGGGUCUCGUGGCCAAACCUUGAAAUUGAAAGAGCAGAUGUGGAAGCAAUGGAUUGGUGGUUCUCCGAAAUGGAGUCGCAGUUGGCGGUUGCAGUACCUGACGCUAGGUGCCUAUAUCCAUGGUUCCAGCAAUACCCAGACUUAAGAGAGGUUGAAAAAGAGCUCACAAGCAGUUUUACCUUUCAUGACUUCAAGCAGGGCUGGAACUUCGUGGACUUUUCCAACUAUUCCUGUUGGUAUGAGGAGCAAGUACGAAGAAGUUCCAAUCGAUCUGAGGCUGAGCCAAGCUGGCCUGCAUCAUUGGAGACUGAUCCAGCCAGCCAUCCUCGGGCUCCUCAAGGUCAAAGCUGUGAUUCACGACCGUGCCCGCAACUGUCUAGACCAUUGCGAACGGAUCCCAAAGAUAGCAGGAGAUCCAGUGAAAGCCGAACGAGUCUGGGAUAUUCGAUUGCCUCAUCUGCGUUGAGCUUUGCGUUGCCGAGAACUACUUCGCUGACCCCCAGGUGCACACAAACGGGUCCCGCUUCGGCCAACAGAGUUUCUAGCACUGGAUUGCGGCAAACAGCUCAAGGUCAAUGUCAUUCUGCACGCUGAGUUGCAGCUUCUUCGAAGCCGUGGUGGCUUUGAUCGUUGCAAGGUGGCAUGUGUUGUGAACCUGUUCGUGAUUGAAAAAUGCAGCUACAUUUCAGGUUCGAGCCACAAGGCUACCAAAGUAGGAAACCACUUUGUAGCUAUAGCUUUCGUUGUUUCAGACCUGUCUAUCAGUUGUCCAGCCAAUGUUGCUGCAGCUGGCAGCAAAA